AUGAGACCUCCAAUGGGCGGCGGCGGGUUCAGAGGAAGGGGAGGAAGAGACGGUGGUGGCGGACGAUUUGGUGGAGGAGGAAGAUUUGGCGGCGGAGGACGAUUUGGUGGAGGAGGAAGGUUUGGCGGAGGAGGACGAUUUGGACGUGGAGACGAUGGUCCUCCAAGCGAAGUCGUGGAGGUUGCAACUUUCCUCCAUGCUUGCGAGGGAGAUGCUGUGACCAAACUCUCACAUGAGAAGAUUCCGUAUUUUAAUGCCCCGAUCUACCUGCAGAACAUGACUCAGAUUGGGAAAGUAGAUGAAAUCUUUGGCCCUAUCAACGAAUCUUUGUUUUCUAUCAAAAUGAUGGAGGGUAUUGUAGCAACCUCGUAUUCUCCAGGAGACAAGUUCUUCAUUGACCCAGGAAAGCUUUUGCCUCUCGCUAGAUUCCUUCCUCAGCCAAAGGGUCAAUCAGCGGGUGGCCGCGGUGGAAGCCGUGGAGGAUUUUCCAGAGGCAGGGGACCUCCAAGAGGAGGAUUUUCCAGAGGCAGAGGACCUCCAAGAGGUGGUAGAGGACCUCCAAGAGGUGGUCGUGGAAGCUUCAGAGGCCGAGGAAGAGGAUAG